AUGUGCGACAACAGCACGGGGGAUUUGUGUGAGGAGAGAACACUUGGCUUCAUAAAUUCAUCCUUCACAGUGGAGACUAUUAGUUUUUCACCACCAAUUUUCAAUUUCCUACAAUUCCUCAUGAUUCUGUUAGCUCUCGUUACAGUGCUCGGAAAUGCCUUAGUUAUCGUGGCUUUUAUAGGGGACAAAAAUCUUAGACUUCGGAGUAAUUAUUUCUUUCUUAACCUGGCAAUUUCAGACUUCCUAGUUGGUGCCAUCUGCAUCCCUUUAUAUAUUCCAUAUGCCCUGACAAACAGAUGGCCGUUUGGAAGAGGUGUCUGUAAAUUCUGGCUGGUUAUCGACUAUCUCAGUUGCACGGCUUCUGCUUUUAACAUCGUCCUCAUCAGCUAUGACCGCUACCAGUCAGUCUAUAAUGCUGUGUUGUAUCGAAUUCACCAGGGCCUCACCACCCGAGCCACGGCCCAAAUGGUGGCCGUGUGGGUCCUGGCCUUCCUGGUGUACGGCCCCGCCAUAGUCUUCUGGGAACACGUGAAGGGAAGGAGCAACUUCUCCAACGGGACCUGUAAGGUGGAGUUCAGUUCCCAGUGGCGCUUUCUGGUCUGCGCCUCCGUGCUGGAGUUUCUCAUCCCCAUCCUCGCCGUGGCUUACUUCAACCUGCACAUCUACUGGAGCAUCCGUGCGAGAAGCCAAUGGGUCGCCGCGCUCCCCACCAGCCAGAACUCCUCCUCCUCUUCCCCUGGCCGGACCCCCCCCAUCGAGACUCGGGCUCCUCUGGAGGAUGUGCCUCCCCGGCCAGCUGUGGGGAUCGCCCGCCCUUUACUUGGACUCAGAGGAGAGGAAGGCCACCUCGCAAUUGUCCACAGUAACCCAGGCGGAUGAAGCGGCCUCAACCCUGUCAGAAUCCACUCCCUCACGCCUUCCAGCUUGGAGAGCAAAUCCCGUUUCAAACUGCUCAGGGACAGGAAAAUGGCCAAGUCCCUCUCCAUCAUCUUGAUUGUCUUCGCCAUCUGCUGGGCUCCCUAUUCCUUGUUCACCAUCAUCCGGGCGGCCUCUGGAAAGGAGGAUGACGACCCUUGGUACAAUCUGGCAUUUUGGCUCAUGUGGCUCAAUUCCUCCGUCAACCCCUUCCUGUAUCCCCUUUGUCACAAGCACUUCCGGAAGGCAUUCCUGAAAGUACUCUGUUGCCGGAGGUCGACUCCGAUGCCCCAGACCCAAUCUCUCUCUUCCUAGAAAUAGAUCGGAUGCGAGCAAGGACUUUCCCUGCUCCAGCCCCCGAUUUAAAAACAGCUCUUUACCUUUCACGGCCUAACAGAUUCUGUGUUUUCCUACUGUUUUCGCUGGACUUCAGGGUGUGUUAACCCUUAUGACUUUCACACUGGCCAAGUCGCAUCAGAAUCGCCCAAGUGCCUUGUCUCCUGUCUGGUGAAUAUACUAACCUCCCCCCAGCUGGUUGUUUCUAUAAAGACUUAAUUCACCGCC